AUGGAUGUCUCCUGGGAGGAUAGUUUACCCAGCUCCGUCAAUGAUGAAAAUGAAGAUACUAUGCCCGACUUGACGAACCCGGCCAUGAAUGGGCAUAUCCCAUCCCUAUAUCCUUUGCCACACCUGUUUGGACCUGUGUCCGAGCCCACUGGGCCAUACAAAGCCACUGAAAUGGACGUAGGUGCAAGUUCAAGUGAUGAUGAUUUGGAAUGGGAAGAAAUAGAUAUUAUGAAAGAAGGUAUAGAAAAAGGCUUACCAAGCCAGAGCGUUGAGGUCAUCAUCGAAGAUGUACCAAAAGAUUCCAA